AAUUUCAAUUUUUAAGUUGCGAGCGUUAAAUGGAACGCACCCCGUAAACUAAUCGCGCCGAGGCACACAGCGAGUCGCACCACGCGCCACACGUGGUGGGAAUGCAAACCACGUGGUCGUGUGCAUCUUUUCACGUGGUAAAACAGGAAACAGGCAAUUGUGAACGGAAUCGACUCCGUUCCGCAGCGUGCACGUGAGCCACAUAACAAUAAGAGGAUUUUUUUCCCCACAAGUUUGAGACUGAAGAGCACCACGAGUAGACUAAAUUAAUUACGAUUCAUUCAAAGAUGAAGCGGUCGGCGAGGAGUUUGGAUGCUGAUGACCCGAAAGAGGUUAGUGCGGAUACUGCCGAGGACGAUAAAAACAGAAAGAAAGUGAGAUUCGAGAAAUCUCUGGAUAAUAAAUCUACAGGUAAAAAUAUUAAGCCGUCCCUUACGAAGAAUUCAAAGGGAACGAGUGUGACAGCGGCGAGAAAUAAAUCUACAAUCGAUAAGCUGAAGAAGAUAAGCGCGCUCAAAUUGAAGAGGGAAAAGAAAGAAUUGGGACAGAGAGUCGAAGAUCGGAAGAACUCGAGGGAUGACGAUCCGAAAUCGGGGGAAAAUAAAGCAGCCGCCACCGAGAAAACCGAUUGGCUCCGACUGAAGAGGGAGAAGAAGGAGCUCAAACAGAAACGCAAAGCCAGACGACUGAACGACGAUGCGAUGUACGACAGGAUUAUUCAGGCCAAGCGGAUUAGCGAGAAGUUACGUAGAUCCGACUGCAAGGCCGUCGAUCGUGUCGCGUUAACUCAGACGUUGCACGACAUGCUGAAGGGCAAUUACGUCAAAGUGGUAUAUACGCACGAUAUGUCCCGAGUGGUUCAGUGCAUGAUCAAAUAUUCCAAGGAACACAUUCGAGCCGCUAUAUUUCGGGAAAUGCAGUCGUCCGUCGUAGAAAUGUUACGGUCGAAAUACGCGAAGAACUGCGUGAAAGCUAUCAUGAAGUAUUCCUCGCAAGAAACCCGGCGUCACGCCGUCUCCGAGCUUUACGGCAACGUCGUCGAGCUGAUGAGGCACAGCGUAUCGGCCCCUCUGGUGGAGCAUGUAUACCGCACGUGGUGUACGAAUCUCGAAAAGAUGCAUCUCAAGCAGGAAUUUUACGGGUCUAUGUACGGGUAUGGGAAAGUAAACGAUAAGAUCGAGUCGCUGUCGGAUCUGUUCAAAACCGAGCCGGAUAUGAAGCUGGCUACGCUGAAGACCGUGAAAGGGAAUCUGAAUCUGAUCCUGAACAAGGGUCACGUCAAUUCCACUCUGGUGCAGACGGUUCUCUGGGAAUUCCUCGGCGUAUGCCCGGCGGAGGAUAGGAGCGAGUUGAUAGUUGCGCUGCGGUCUCACAUUUUGACGCUGUCCCAAACGAAGAUGGGCGCGAGAGUCGCUAUGCAGUGCGUAUGGCAUGGCAACAGCAAGGACAGAAAGAUCAUUAUGAAAGCCAUCAAGGGAAACGUGAGGGCGAUGUGCAUGUCGAAACACGGUUACAUGACGUUACUGGCGCUCCUCGACUCCGUCGACGACACCGUUCUCAUGCAGAAGAUAAUAUUGUCCGAGCUGCAAGAGGAUCUGGUUAACGUCGCGCUGAAUGAGUAUGGGAAACACGUUAUACUGUAUCUCGUGGCCAGGAGGAAUCCUCUUUACUUCUCGCCGGGCAUAGUGGAACUUCUACGCCAAGGUGAUAACAAUUCAGCGAGCAAGAAACUGGCCGAUAUGAGGGAAAUGGAGCUCCUCGAUGCGAUUCGCGACCCGCUUUUCGACGCUAUAAUUGCGGACGCGGCCACGUGGCUGUCCAACGGCGGCAUAGCUAUGAUCACCCUGGCGAUAUUGAAAGUGGGCUCGGGAGAGAAACUGAAAUCUGCGUUCGAAUCGAUUGCCAAGUUUAUCUGCGGCAUAGAUUCAAAAAUCAAGGACAACAAUGUCGAAUACAGUGCGGUCGAACAUUCUGGAUUGCAUCUCAUGUUGAAGAAGCUUAUUCAGCACGACAAAGAGUUGGGGCAAAAGAAGGAAUCUACAUUUGGAGAGAUGUUAAUGUCGCAUCUGUCGUCAAACGUGCUGGAAAAGUGGACGGAGCUUAAUAGGGCUUGCUUCUUAUUAAUAUUUCUUCUAGAAAAUGAGGAGAACGGUAUUAAAAAUGCGUUACUGUCUCAGCUGAAACCUUUAAUCGCAAAACUCGAGACAAUGCGCAUCCCUGGAGCAUCGAUAUUGUUAAAAAAAUCAAAGGAAUAACUGUAAAUAUAAGACAUGAAGUGCCAGGAAUUUUCGACACAAAAGCGAUCGGACAUUCGUCUACGGUGUCAUUAUCCAUGCGCACCACGGCAACUUCGAGGACAGCU